AUGACAAAUAAAUUUGGUCCGUUUACGGCCGAAGCGCAGUACUACAGUGUAGUACAAAGUGAUGUACGAGAAAUACUUGUAAGCACACAACAAUACACACGGGACGUAAGCAAUAGGGUUUGUUUGGUGACUAACCAUAACAGCUACCGCGCCCAUACACACGGGCUGAAAGGUGUGUUUUGUCAGUUUUGCGUGUACUUGUUCACAAUUGAAGCGGUCAUUUGGACGGCCGAAGACGGGUGGAUGUACAAACUCACUAUUGAACUGGGGUCUGCAAGUGAAGCUUGGCGUUGCCUGUUGUCGCUGUGGAACGAAUUGCUCCCGCGUCAAACCGCAUAUCAGGGCGGGCGCGGAAAUAACGAGGGCGAAACGAAAUUUUGUUUCAGAAAAAAAGUUCCCGGAGCGGGUGCACAAUGGCGGCAGCCGAAAAGAAAUCCGCGGAGCAAACGCGGCAGGACAGUGAGUUCAGCUUCCGCGGGGUGA